UAUCCCCUGAGUACUAUGGUCCAUCCAUCCCCAGACCCCUUUGCAACACCUUCCAGUCUUCAUCGGGCACCAAAGAGUCGUUUUGUAGCUCUUCAGGAAGAACCCUCCAAGGAUUGGGAGCAUGGCCAACCAAGUGGCAUCCUGAGUACUCCAGCCCACACUUUUGACAGUGACCCAGAGAUCUCUGAUGUUGAUGAAGAUGACCAAGAGACAGUCUUCAGCUCUAUGGACAUGCUGUCUCCCAGUGGUCACUCUGAUGCCCAGACUCUUGCCAUGAUGCUGCAGGAACAACUGGAUGCCAUCAAUGAGGAGAUUAGAAUGAUCCAGGAGGAGAAAGAAUCAACUGAACUGCGGGCUGAACAAUUAGAGAGCCGUGUCACCAGUGGUAGCAUGGAAGCCCUAAAUCUGACACAGUUACGCAAGAGAGCAUCCAUUCCCACAUCUUUAACUGCCCUGUCCCUGGCAAGUUCAUCUCCUCCUGUCAGUGGACGUUCUACUCCAAAACUCACCUCUCGCAGCACAGCUCAGGACCUUGAUCGAAUAUGCAGCAUGACCCUGCCAAGUGAUUUGAGGAAACAUCGGAGAAAGCUACUUACACCAGCUGGUCGAGAUGAGAGUCGAGAAGAUAAAACCACUAUCAAAUGUGAGACUUCUCCUCCUUCUUCACCCAGGAGCCUGAGGCUGGAGAAACUUGGACAUCCUGCUUUUAGUCAAGAGGAAGGCAAGAGUUCUCUGGAGGAUCAAGCAAGUAACCCCAGCAGCAGUAAUAGCAGCCAGGAUUCACUGCAUAAAGGCUCCAAGAGGAAAGGCAUCAAAUCUUCUAUUGGGCGCUUGUUUGGAAAGAAAGAAAAGGGGCGCUUAAUCCAACUGAGCAGAGAAGGCACUACUGGGCAAGUUUUGCUAACAGAUUCAGAGAUGAACAUACAGGACUCUCUUGGUCUUGGCAAGCUAGGAGCACAAGCAGAAAAAGACCGACGGCUCAAAAAAAAACAUGAACUUUUGGAAGAUGCUAGAAGAAAGGGUAUUCCUUUUGCUCAGUGGGAUGGCCCAACUGUGGUCUCCUGGUUGGAGCUUUGGGUGGGCAUGCCUGCCUGGUAUGUUGCAGCUUGCAGAGCUAAUGUGAAAAGUGGUGCGAUCAUGUCUGCCUUGUCAGAUACAGAGAUCCAGAGGGAAAUUGGAAUUAGUAAUGCUCUUCACAGGUUAAAACUGCGCUUGGCAAUUCAGGAAAUGGUAUCACUCACAAGCCCUUCUGCUCCACCCACCUCCAGAACAUCAUCUGGAAAUGUCUGGGUUACUCAUGAAGAAAUGGAAACCAUGGCUACUUCAACCAAAAUGACUCUGGCUUAUGGGGACAUGAACCAUGAGUGGAUAGGGAAUGAAUGGCUUCCUAGUCUAGGUCUCCCACAGUAUCGCAGUUACUUCAUGGAAUGUCUUGUGGAUGCACGAAUGUUGGAUCAUCUGACUAAGAAAGACCUUCGAGUACACCUGAAGAUGGUAGACAGUUUCCAUCGAACAAGUCUCCAGUAUGGGAUUAUGUGCCUGAAGAGACUGAACUAUGAUAGAAAGGAGCUGGAAAAGAGGCGGGAAGAAAGCCAGCAUGAAAUCAAAGAUGUGUUGGUCUGGACCAAUGAUCAAGUAAUUCACUGGAUUCAAUCCAUUGGGCUUAGAGAAUAUGCCAACAACAUCAUUGAAAGUGGAGUCCAUGGUGCCCUUAUUGCUUUGGAUGAAAAUUUUGAUUAUAAUAGUCUGGCACUUAUUUUACAAAUUCCCACUCAGAAUACUCAGGCACGGCAGGUGAUGGAGAGAGAAUUCAACAAUCUUCUUGCCUUGGGUACUGACAGACGACUUGAUGAUGGUGAAGACAAGACUUUUCGGCGAACUCCUUCUUGGCGAAAGCGCUUCCGCCCUCGAGACUUUCAUAGCAUCACUAUGGUUAGUGGGUCAGCAGAGACACUUCCAGCAGGGUUCCGAGUGACCUCUUUGGUGCCCCUGCCUCCUCCUUCAGCCCCACCGAAGAAAAUGCCACCAGAAGCACAUUCCCACUAUCUGUAUGGUUAUACGCUGGCUGCUUUCCGGGAGUAGGAGACUGUGCCUCCUCCUUAAGCUCCAAAGAACAGAAGCUACUGGCCAAUUAUUUCAGGCCUCAUGGCCAGCAGAACAUUCUUCCUCCUGCUUGUAUACAACCCCCUGAUCUCCUGUUUGGUAUUCUUAAAUCCUAAUUAAAUCUCUUCCCUUGGCUUUAAAGAUACCCUCACUGAGAAAGAGAACAGGCUUCUCUGUCUCUGAGUCUGCACUAUGUAUGACACAAUGACUUUGACAUAGGUUUGGUAAGAAGUGGGUGCACCUUAAUGCUGGUCUGCAGCAGUUCCUGCACCAUUGUCUGCCAGUGCUACACUCUGCCAUUAUGCCUGAGAGCAGCAGAAGCUGCUUGUUCCUACUGUACAGUUUGGACCCAAUAAGACAAUCACCAAGAAACAAGGCAAAUGAAGAUGGGAAAGCCCAGCUCUGAACUCUUCCUCAGGUGCAUUGGGCUUCUGCUGGAGCUUCUCAUCGUGCCACAAGACAUUUCUGUCCGUGGACAAUAUAGGUCCUCGGUUAAGAAACACCCAGGCUAGAAAAAAAUGGACUGGUGCUUGAUGGAGAGAGGGGAGAGGUUGGUUACCAAGCAACU